AUGGAGCACUUUGAGCCUCUGACCUUUGAGCCUCUCAUGAGCUUCAAUUUGCCAGAGCUCCUAGCCGUGGAUUUGGAAGAGUCGGAGGAUGUAUUCAAGUCAAGACAAUUGACCGCUGGGCCCCCAGCACCUUCAUUGGCCGACGACGGGACCAAGAGACGAUAUUCACUGCAGGACAGUUCAUUGAGCGCUGGCCCUUCAUCCCAUCCAUUGGCAAUGACGUCGAGGGCUAAAUCGCUACAAAACGUCAACGAGACACAAGCACAUUUUCUGGCGGUACACCACGUACCGAAACCGAGCAACAGUGAUUCAGAUUCGGCCAGCAGCGAAUCGUCCGGUGGCCUGGCGCCCCCCUCAAUUCGCACGCGAGACGUAUCGGUAGUCACCGAGGCCACCUCGAUCACAUCCGAGAAGAGGGAAUCGCCCAGGCAAUUGAAAGUCUCUGUUCGCUUAGAGAACCAUGCUGGUGAGAGCUGGAUGGACCUCGACGCCGAAGAAGCACCUCCCACGGACCGAAGGCACUACAGCAUGAUGAACAUCUCGUCGCCUAAGAAGCAGAUAUCCCUACGCCGUGACAUGGGCGAGCUACGAACUAUGUCGUUAAAUUCGGCUACCCCGCGCCCCGAACUUAUCAGCCCUUCAACGACAUCUUCCGUGAUGUCGCCUAUACUGUCGCCUACUUCUGCGAAGUCUCCAGAUACGCAAGAAGAACCACCAACUCCCGCCAAGAAAUCAUUAACCUGCCCGACUUCAUUUCCCACGCGGCGGUCUUCUUUGAAGCACCGGGAUUACCCUCUCCUUCCCCAGAUCAGUGUCUCUCCUUUCCUGCCACCCUCGCCCAGCCAGGGAUUACCGACGCAGCGUAAUGACGGCAUGCUAUUGCCGGGAAUGAAGACCUCACCCAUAGCUCCUCCACCCAGGGUACCAAAUAACAGGGUAACCGCACAGGGUGACCAUGGCGACGACGACGACGGUGGUCACGACCUCGAAGCAAGCGAAGUCGAGCAAUUUAUCCGCCCGGAAAGCAACCAAACUCUACAGAUAGCUCCUCCCGGUGUUGAUGUCGAAUCAUGGCUGGAAUCCAGUGUCGACAAUUUCCCUUAUUACGCACAAACCAGAGCCGACGGCACUCCCGCUCCCUUGCCGCUCCCCCCGGAGGUUCUCGACACGCUUCGGGUUUCCAUAUCUUGCUUUCCGGAAACCAUGCUAUUGUGCUCCAGCCUCUCUAUCGAGACUAUCCGGGGCCAUUCCAAGAAACUCAGGUACAAGGCAUCUAGUCUAUAUUCGGAGGUCCCUACGUCGUCGGUGGACCUUACAGACCAAACCAAGCAACCAAAAUGGAGGUGGCUGCCAGUGAAGAAGCAGCCUCCACCCCCCAGCCAAACGCCAUCCAGCCCGCUUCGAAGUGAGGUUAUGGACACGUCCCAAGACCCAAGAUACAGCCCAUCCUGGCAGAGGAAGUCAGAUUGGUCUGCGAUUCAGAACUUGUUUCCCUCUGGAACCGAUUACCUCUGCGACGCUCUCUACGCCCACUUAGUGGCAUAUAACUACGUGACCUCGCUGUGCCCCCGGUCCGCACUCAUCAACCCGACCGUUUCUUCCUCAAGACCGACUUCGAAGUCCUCGACGACGCCGUCAGAGCUGAGCCUGGGCCUCUCGGUAGACCUUCGCACCUCCUUCGAUAUACGUGCCUCGAUCUCGGACACUGGUGCGAUCCCACGCAAGGCUGCAAGUCUCUUGGGUCUACAGGAAGACCCGGCCGCGCCGAUACCCGAACCCCCGCCAUCGCGGGCUCUCCAUCUACGCAACAAACGAUCUUUCUUCGCUCUUUCCAAACACCCUACUUACCCGGAGAGCAGCAGACCGGCAACGGCGACGGGCGGCAUGGGCGGUCGCCGCCAGACGUCGGCCGACCAUAACGAGCAGGCGUUAAAAGAUCUACGGUUGGGUCUCGCAAAAUGCAUUUCAAGGCUUGUCGCCACUCUACGGAUGACCAACAGCGGACAUAUUACGGGUGCGGAUGUCAGCAGCCAGCGCAAACGGGAGGAUGACCCUGAUUUCAUGCGCGCGCUAUGCGAGAUCGUGCGCCUCUCCGAAGAGAGGUACAUGUAG